GAGAGGAGACACAACUCUAAAGAGAAGCACAAACACUUUGCAGCAAUUGCCUCUUAAAUCGCAUGGAAGCCUUUAAAUCUUUCUGAACUUUUCUCUCGUUGAGAUCGAACUUCAUUUGAGCCAUCGUCGAAAUCAACAUCAAUUAGGAGAUUAAAUCAAAGGAUUACUUGAAAUUCCUUGUUUACUUAGAGAUCAGAUAAAAAUGGAGGAAGGAAGGGGGAGGAGAAAGAAAGGGGAAUGGAGAAAAACUAAGAGGAAAGAAAGAGGACGGAAGAAGAAGCGAUCUGUCUGGCUACUCACGAAAAUGGAUUCUGUCCUUGGAUGCCAUGGUUCUCGUCCACGUGGUGGCUUUUAUGAACCACAAAGGAGUAAAGCUCAUUCGUUCGGCACUCAAACCGGCGGCGAAGUAUUGCGGGUAAUCGACGUUGGUAAAUUUCAGAUUUACAGAGUGCGAUUCUUUUCUAAGGGGAAGAAACUGGGAGAAUACAUUCCAUUUCUGCCAUUUAGGCAGGGUCGUAAGUGUCGGCACAUUUUGUAUUUCCUCACUAUUUUCUGUGAACUUAACGGCAUCACCAGUGGUUCUAAGUUGUUUUAUCUAUGCUCUUUAGUUCACUGAUAAAUCUGUUGUUAGUCGUUCUUUGACUGUUGCUUUAUGUUACCAGUUUGGAAUCAUCUUCAAAUUCGUAAAACUUGUUUCAUUCUUAAGAUUGCAUCAGAAUUUGGAUCACUUCAAUUAUAUAUGCUGGUAUGAGACCUUCUAGUUUGUCCUUUCACAACCAUUUUACUCGUCUUCUUUAAGUCAAUAUCCCUUGCAACAGUUUUAUGUUUAUAUAUAUCCCAGCUUCACGUUUAUGAAAUCUUAAAUCUGAUGCACUGCCUCACUGCUUGAAUAUCUCAUUUUGAUUCUCAAUAUUAAUUUGGCAACACAGGAUUUUGUCUAUUAACCAAUAUGUGCUCACAAUUGUUCUAGAAAAGAUGGGUUGAUUUAGAGCUAUGUCAUUCCUUUGAUGUUUCUUGCCUUUGCAAAAUUAAUAUCCUGUCCUUCAAGAACUAGUUCUUGCUAGUUCAAACAUGGGGCGAAGCCGGUUUGAUGUCCCAACAUAAUAGAGGUACGUAAACAAAAGGCUUUUCAGGCAAGAAGUAAAUCAAAAAUUCAUGAUUCAUGGAUAAUCAGACUUGCUUUUCUAUGUUUGUGGUCUGUAUCGUAACGUAGGGGUGCAUAACUAAUUAUUAUCUUUUGCCUUAUUUGUACUUGCCAUAUGUUUCUGUCUCCAUGAAUGAUGUUAUUAUCUUAAAGUUGGUGUGACUUAAUAAGCUAGCUUGUUCUCCAUAAAAUGGUCUUUGAAAUGAUUCUAUAUGCAAAGACAUGGAAACACACAGAGACACGAAAUUGACAAGACAAAGACACCUUUGUGUAUUUUAUGAGCAUCUUUUAUUAGGCCUUCCCUUGCCUUUUGAAUUUGCAUCAGGAUACCAUUAUUAAUAUCCCAUUGUGCCCCCCACUCUAUCAAGAUCAUGGGAGAUAAGGAGAUAAGGCACAUAUGACCUUUGUAAUGGAUAGGUAUCACAGAAAACUGAAAUGUGGGUAGUUACUAAUUUGCUAUGAUUGCGCACUAAGCAGGUCAGGAUCAUAUACAUUUCUCAUUUCUGUCAGGUAAUCUCCGUAUUUGUUCUUUUAAACUGACUAGUAUCUUUUUCAUUGUCCCUCUCGUUUAUAAACCAUUCGGUUGUACUUGUAUCAUAUUAUUGUGGGUACGUACUCUUUGCACUACAUAUAUGUUUGGCAGGAUCAGGAUAUCAGAUAUUUAAGAUCAAGUUGGACAAGGUGGUUUUCUGAAACAUGUAAGUACUCAUAUUCACCACCUUUAAUCCCAAACACUGCUUGGUAGAUGUACAAUGAGUGAAACUCUUUACCUGGACAAUUGUUCGGACU